CUUGCACUGACAUCUGCCAGUGCAGCACUGUCCGCAGUCGAAUUUGUUGAGUGUCCAGAGGGAACAUACUUCACCAACCACCUGUGUUUGGAGUGCCCCUUGGGUCAUUUUUGUCCUGGAAAUGAAUCUGCGGCUCAGAGAUGCGCCUUGGGAACAUUCAAUCCCUAUGCAGGGAAAAGCAGGAUCAAUGACUGCAAGCCUUGUUUUCCAGGUCUGAUCUCAUCUGAGGACCGAGUGGACUGCAGGCUCUGCCCAGCAGGUUUCUCCUGCUUUCCAGCCAAUGGAAGCAUCUCAAUGUGUCCUCCUGGGGAACAUUCCCCUGAAGGGAUUCUCCAGUGUCUAACAUGUCCUAUGGACUCUGUCUGCACCUUUGGAUAUGCGCACAAGUGUGGGCCUGGAAAAGAGCCUAACUUUCAUCACACUGAGUGUAAUGACUGUCCCCCAGGUUUCUACUGCAGUGUGUGCACUAUCCACUGCCUUCAGUGUCCUCCAGGAAGUUACUGUCCAGACAGUGGGAUGUCCCAGCCGCUCACUUGUCCACCUGGCUCAACUUCCACACUGGGCCAGACUUCAUGCCAUAGGUGUAAUGACACCUCAUCAAUGUGUGGGGGAGCCAUGCCCCCCAACUGGAGGCAGUCGGACCACAGGUCAAGUCAAUCAGUCACGUGUGGACCAGGCACAUACAAACGCUUAGAAGAGGAUUCUGUCUGUCUUGUGUGUCCAGCAGGUCAUUUCUGUGAAGGAGGUAUAGCUAUACCUUGUCCUGCAGGGAGCUAUAGUCCCAAAGAGGGUCUUCAGAAGCUGACAGACUGCACAAUCUGUCCUGCAGGGUUUUAUUGUCUGGAACGGACCUCUGCUCGACCCUCCCCUCAGUUCUUGUGCCCACCGGGUUUCUACUGUGAGGAGGGCACCGCCAGCCCUCACGGGUCACCUUGCCCUGCUGGAACAGCAGGAGAACAAGUGGGUCAGACAAGCAGGGCAGCUUGCAAAAGAUGCAGCGAAGGACGAUUCUGUCCUGCAGGCUCUUUAGCACCUGGCUUGCCAUGCGCUCGAGGAAGGUUCUGUCCUGCUGGCACAUUGGAGGAGCUCACGUGUACCCGAGGCACCUUCACCCCUCAUCAAGGAGCAAUAAGUUUGAAGGACUGUCUGAAAUGCCCGGCCGGUUUCUAUUGCCCCGAGGGGACAAGUGACCCUGUGCCGUGUCUGCCGGGCUCCUUUAACCCCUUAGAGGGUCAGACUGAGUUGGCUAACUGCAGAGAGUGUCACGUGGGGAAGGCCUGCACUCAAGUUGCUCUGACAGCUCCAGAUGUGGACUGCGUGCAAGGGUUUGUGUGUCCUCCUGGUUCAUCUAAACCCAAUGCCCCAACUAAUGCAUGUCCACCAGGGACACUGAGCAACCGCACAGAUCUCACGGAUCGUUCACAGUGUCAGCAGUGUCCGGCCCGAUAUGCUUGUCUUCGAGGAACAGGUGGUAUCCACAGACCACCUCUCUCCUGCUCUGUAGGCCAUUAUUGUCCACCUGGGACCAAGUUCCCCACCCAGUACAAAUGUCCCGUGGGCACUUGGAGUGGUCAGAGUGGAUUGGAAGCUGAAAGUGAGUGCCAGCCGUGCCCACAGGGUUGGUACUGUUUGGUUGGCUCAGGAGCGCCCUCGGGCCGAUGCAGCUCUGGACACUUCUGUCCUGAAGGGACCGCAUAUGGCGCCCAGUUUCCUUGCCCUGCAGGUACAUACAGCAUCCACAUGGGCAACAGGCAGAGUGAAGACUGCCUGCCUUGCCCUGAAGGCUCAUUCUGUCUAGAAGGCAGCUCCAAACCUGCCCCCUGCCCCCCCUCAACAUUUCGCCGUCUAAAAGGAGGUCUGACACUGGAGGACUGCUCUACUUGCCCCGCUGGUUAUUUUUGUUCCCACUCAGCAACUAUUAACCCCAGAGUGUGCAGAGCCGGGAGCUACUCUGACAAAGGUGCUGCUGACUGUUCUCCAUGCUUGCCUGGCCACUUCUGCAGUAACGAGACCACAAGUGAGGAAGCCAUGCUCAGUGUCAUGGUGUGCCCCCCGGGCUUUCUCUGCACUCAGGGCCUGGCUCGAGACCCUCGCCGCUCGGCCACCCUCUGUCCUCGUGGCUUCUACUGCCCCGGAGGAGGGAUUGAUCCCAACCCCAUCCCAUGCCCUAAUGGUACCUACAGUGAACGUCCUGGUCUAAGUGAGGUCAGUGAGUGUGUCCCGUGUCCAGAGGCGAAGUACUGUUACUCUCAGCAGCCUGAAGAGCACCCCAUCACCGCACCUACUGGGCUUUGUCCUGAUGGGCAUUACUGCCCCACUGGGACUGGGUACCUGUAUUCCAACCCCUGCCAAGCUGGACAAUACAGGAGCACUGCAUCUGGUCACAAUGGAGUGGUGUGUGUCUCUUGCCCAUCCAGGCACUACUGUGACAGAUCAGGAGUCCACACACCCUCUGUCUGCCCUCAGGGUUUUUACUGUCCUGAGGGAUCGUCCUUUGCCCAACCUUGUCCUGAAGGAAGCUUUGGCUCACGCGCCGCUCUCAGCGAAGAGUCUGACUGUACUCCUUGUGGCGCAGGUUGGCACUGCAGUGGUGUGGGCCUGGCAGAGCCCUCUGGCAUCUGCAAAGGCGGAUUCUACUGCAGAGAGGGAGCCAAGUCCGCAACUCCAGUAGAUGGCCGGACAGGUGGUUUGUGUCCUCCAGGAAGUUACUGCCCACCAGGUUCCUUCACUCCCAUUCCAUGCCCCGCUGGCACAUUCAGCAGCAGCUCUGGUCUCGGCAGGCCUCAGGAUUGUGUCAGCUGUCCACCGGGGUUGUAUUGUUUAGGUUCCAACAACACCCACCCUUCAGCCCCAUGCACUCCGGGAUAUUACUGCACUGGUGGUUCGGAUACUCCUAUUCAGCAUGAAACGGCGCAGGGUCACUAUACAUUGGAAGGAGCAGUCAAACCAGAGCCAUGUACUCUUGGAACUUUCCAGCCACGUCGAGGUGCACAAUCAUGUUUGCAGUGUCAAGGAGGUCGACUCUGCAACCAGACAGGCUUGUCCAAGCCACCACUGUGCCCAAAAGGAUACUACUGUCCUCCAGCAUCUUCUGUUGCCCACCCGUGUCCUCCAGGGUGGUACUCCGAUGAGCCCGGUGGUGAAGAAGUGCAGCACUGUCAGCCAUGUGAGGCAGGACGGUUUUGCAGUAAAGCUGGCCUCUCUGAACCAGAGGGCCUCUGUGAUCCUGGGCAUUACUGCACCUCGGCAGCCUCUACAGCCUCUCCAGUUUCUGUGGACUCUGGGGGUGUGUGUCCCGCAGGCUAUGUGUGCCCCAUGGGGACCAAACACCCUCAGCAACACCCCUGUCCUGUUGGAACCUGGAGUAAUACUGUGGGCGCCCAAAACCUGUCCUUCUGCCUCCUCUGCCCACCUGGACUGUACUGUAACACGACUGGAAUCACCCAACCUUCAGGGACAUGUGACAAAGGGUUUUACUGUUCAGGGGGCGGAGUGUCUCCAAAGCCACUUGAUGGUUUGACUGGGGACAUUUGUCCCGUUGGACACUACUGCCUCAUUGGUUCAGCCUCCCCUACACCAUGCCCUGAUGGGACCUACACUAACAUAACAGGUGCAGAAACAUGCAUUGAUUGCCCCCCUGGGAGCUACUGUCUUUCAGGGGAGAGCAUCCAGCCUUGCCCGUUAGGUCACUAUUGUCUUGCACCGGGUGUCGAGGGCAUCCUACCUUGCCUUCCUGGCACAUACAACCCUCACUUGGGCUUCAGCCAGGUGGACCAGUGCCUCAUUUGUCCACCAGGAUUCUAUUGUGAUGACUGGGGUCUGUCUGAACCCACUGGGCCUUGCCAGGCUGGUUAUUACUGCAAAGCUGGUGUAAACUUCCCAAAUCCAGAUGGAAACUACAGCACUGGAGUCGGAGGAGCGUGUCCAAAGGGAAGGUACUGCCCCGAGGGGACCAGUCUCCCUCUCCCCUGCCCCCCAGGAACCUACUCAGACCGUCUUUACAUGACAGAUGUCACUGGCUGCAGUUCGUGUCCGGCAGGUCAUUUCUGUGCUACUGAAGGUCUGAGUCGACCGUCGGGAAAAUGUCAGACAGGGUUUUACUGUCCGGGUGGAGACUCAGCAGCCACAGGCUCAGAGGGACGUUUUUGCCCACCCGCUCAUUACUGCCUAGAAGGUAGUGCAGGCCCAGCAUCCUGCCCAGCUGGUUCCUACACAAACCUCACAGGCCAGUCGAUGUGUUUGGCCUGUCCUGGUGGCUACUACUGCCCAGAGAAGACGAGCAACUUCACCAAGUUUCCCUGCCCGCCAGGGUUCUAUUGUCCUGAUGUGGGCAGUGUGGUGCACACAUGCAGAUAA